AUGGCCCGCGUCCUCAUCUUCGGCGCCGGCGCCAUCGGCUCCGUCUACGCCUGGGUGCUGACGCGCGCCGGCGCCCAAGUCACCUGCGUGUGCCGCAGCAACUACGAGCACGUCCGCGAGCACGGCUUCCAGCUCGACAGCGACGUCUUCGGCCACGCCCUGCGCGUGCGCCCGCACGUCGUCGACCACGUCGCCGCGCCGCCCGUCGACGCCCCGUGGGACUUCAUCCUCGUGUGCAGCAAGGCCUUCCCCGGCGCCGAGCCCAGCACCCCGUCGCUCGUCGCCCCCGCCGUCGCCAGCCCGCGCACCGCCGUCGUGCUCGUCCAGAACGGCAUCGGCAUCGAGCAGGAGUGGCACGACGCCUUCCCGCGCAACCCCAUCCUCUCCGGCGUCGUCUACCUGCCCGCCACCCAGCCCAGCCCCGGCUGCGUCCGCAUGGGCAACCUCGAGCGCCUCGAGGUGGGCGCCUUCCCCGCCACCUCGGUCGCCGAGGCCACCCAGCUCGGCGAGUUCAUGGAGCUCGUCCAGCGCGGCGGCGCCACCAUCCUCGUCUACGACGACAUCCAGCCGCGCCGCUGGAGCAAGAUGCUCGUCAACGCCGCCACCUGGGACCCCGCCGUCGUCCUCGCCGCCGUCGCCGCCGCCUCGCCCUUCCCCCCGGACCAACAACAACAGUCAUACGGCCCCGACUUCGUGUGGAACGUCAUGCAGGAGAUUGUCAAGAUCGCCCAGGCCUGCGGCUACGCCGAAAUCACCGACGACGAGGCCCGCCACCAGCUCGCCCGCGCCCAGUCCCAGACCGGCAGCGCCGCCGAGGCCAUGCGCGCCGGCGGCGGCAGCAUGCUGGCCGACGUCAAGGCCGGCCGCCCGCUCGAGGUCGAGGCCCUCGUCGGCAACGCCAUCAAGAUCGCGGAGCAAAAGGGCGUCGCCACGCCGAACCUCGACGCGCUGUAUGCGCUGGCAAAGGGGCUGGAUAAGGGUGUCGAGCGGAGGCAUAGCGUGUAA